GAAUAAAUUCUUUUGAUGAAGUGUAUGGCGUUGGACGUGCAUUUAACCAGAGAACCAAGUGAACGAUGGGGCUUUGAGCUUAUAGGAGGCACUGAUUUAGAAAUGCCAAUUACUAUGGUGAAGAUUCAACCCAACUCGCCAGCCAAGAGAGCUGGUCUCCAGAACGGAGACACAGUCCUGACCAUCUGUGGAGAGGAGGCGAUAGACAUGACCCUGGAGGCGGCCUGCAGGAAGGUGGCUGAAUGCGGCGAUGCCAUGGCACUUGGAGUGAUGCGCGGUCUCUACGACCCGGUUCUAGACGACCAGGAGCCGAUAUACGAUUACGAACCGGAAGAUUUAGACCCACAAUCGGAACCCACUGAGGUAUCAUUCAAAAUCCAACAAUUCGUUGACCCCUCAGACCUUGGGAGCAAUCUACUAGAGUAUGGGAACUCACCCCCCCUUACGGAAUCCAGAUCCUUAACCGCAUCCCCUUUUGUAACUCCCACUAAACCGUACCGCCCAUUUUCGACUGAACCAGUUGUUGAAGUUCCUCCUCUUGAAGACCCCAUAAUCCUCAAUCCUAAUUAUAGGGACCAGUUUGGUAAGACCCCCGAUUUAGACCCUGAUUAUCUUUUGAAUGCUCUUACCAAUGGCGUUGGUCUGGGGACCCGGUAUAAGCUACCGAUCUCCGCUCAAUAUGACCCUGACGGAACUAGAUUUGUUCAAAAUGUUGAAGUCGUUGACAAGCUGCUUAAAUAUGAGAAACAUGUGAAAAGCCUCAGCAAAGAUUUGGAAGUCGUUGAUGUGACAAAAGAAACAAAGUUAGUUGAGAGUAUUGUGAAUGAACAAGAUGUUAAGGUUGACGAAAAGAUUACGGAGGUACGUGAACAGAAAGAUGAAAAGAAAAAGGUAACGAUUGAUGUAGAAGAACAGGCUAUAAAAGAAGAAUUGCAAUAUAUCGAGAAAAUGAGACAAGAGAUUGAUAUCGAUAAGAUUGAAGAGACAGCACUAACGCUUGUCGAUGAGAGCAUAGAAAGAGCUGUGUCUGUAGCAGAAGAAAUUAAAAAAGAAAUAGAUGAAGAAUUGAUAACAUCUGAAGUGAAAGAAGAAGCUGUGUUGAUAGAAAAGAAAGUUAAAUCAGAAAGUAAAAAGGAGGAAUCUUUAAAAGCUAGCAAAGUCGAGAAGCAACAAGAGUAUUUGGAAACUAGCGAUGAGACUGAAAUCAUUCAAUCGGAAAGAGAAGAAAGAGUAGCUAAAGAAGAGAGAAGAGAAUCUCAAGAUGAGAGGGUAAGAGUAGAGAAAUCAGAACAAUAUGAGUCUAGAGAAGAAUAUUCUGAUAAUGCUGACAUAAGAGAAGCAAGCGAAGUCAAGAGACAAUCAAUCAUAGAAGAAGAAUACCAUCAAGAAGAAUUACCAAGAAGGAAAGCAUCUUCUGUACAUGAGUCUUAUGAAAACAAGAGUGAAUACAGAAAAAUGAGUAAGACAGAGACUUCAGGAGGAAGUGAGAGGCAAAAUGCCCAACAGAGGGUACAUGCUAUAGGCUUACAGACAAUACCGAAUAUAAAGGGUAUUGUACCAUCACCGUUGCACUAUGAUCUUCUAUUAAGGACCUUCUUUGUCCAUUUAACUGAUGUGAUGGUGGCUUUAUCCAGGUUUAUGCUUCAUCAACCAAUAUUCACCGAUUAUCCACAGCAAUCAGCCACACAAACCCAAAUGUAUGAGUCUCGUGAAUCGAUGAGAAAGAGUUCACAAGAGUACUCGGAAUCUUCUAGAAGGAGCGGACAAGAAAGAGUUGAGAGGCAAGAGAGAGUCGUAAAACAAGUGCCGGUUGUGAAACAGGAAGUUAAAUCGCAGAAAAUUGAGAAGGAUAUGAAAGUAGAGUCGCUGGAGAAGAAGGUUGAAAGAAAAGAAAUAAUUAAGCCAGUAGCAGUUAAGGCUGUGAAACAAGAAGAGAAGAAGGAGAUCAAAGAAGAAGCUAAAUCUGAAGUUGUAGAGAAGAAAGCAGUUACAGGCGCUCAAAUGGCUCAGCGUAGUGAAAAGAAGCUAUCGCAGGAUAUGACACAAAAAAUGGACGCUGUAAUAUCUGAAUUCCAAAGCGUUGCCGUCGAAGAGGAUGUUAAGAAGCAGAUGAUGCAGCGUAGCAGAAGAUCUACCAGCAGAAGUCAGAUAGAAGAAGAAGUUAUGAAAGAAGGUGAUCCUCUGGAAUGGCUAUCAAAAGUAGAUAGCAGGAGAGCGUCCCAAGAAAGAACUCAAAUCUCCAAGAAGGAGUUUUCUUCUACUUCUACUGAAAAGAAGAGUAAAGUGGAGACAGUAGAAGAGGUUAAACAGAAGAAACCUAAAACCCCAAAACAAACAUACGUAGCGAUUGUAGAAUCACACGUUUACACCAACAAAGAUGCCAUAUUUGAAGAACAUGUUACCGAUUUCUCUGAAACAUCAUCUGUCCAGAGUGCUGAAGAAGUAAACACUGCGAUCGAAACUAUAGAAACCAUGACUACUGAAAACGUAGCGCUUGAAAGCGCUAUCAAAGAGCUAGAGACUGCUAAAGUUAUUGACACACACGAACUCUCAACAGCUGUUGUGAAAAGUGAAGCUACUGUUCAAAAACUUGAAGAAGUCGUUCUCGAUACUAAGGAAAUAGUACAAGAGGAAAUUAAAAAAGAAACUGCUGUCAAAUCAGCUGACGUACAAGAAGUUAUAAUACAGGAAUCAAAAGAAAUCAUUGAACCAAUUGUAGAAAUAAAAGAAUCAAAAAUUGAAAAAGUUGAAAAAGUUGCUGUAGAUAUUAACGAAUCGUUAUCCAUCGCUGAAGCGACAGAUAUAAGUGUUCUAGAAACUAAAACCGAGAUGAAAGAUCUAGAAAUAGUUGAAGAGAAAGCCGCUGUUGUUGUCGAAGAAGAGAAAAUUAAGGAGAAAGCUGAGGUUGUUGAACCAAAACCGAUUCAGGUUGUAGAAGUAGCUGAAACUGUGAAAAUCAAGCCAAAGAAGGAGAAACCUGUGAUCGAUGAAUUCGCUGCCCUUAAAAUUAUAAAGAAGAUUGAAACUGAAGGAAAUCUAUCGCCUGAAGUCAUUGUUAUAGAAGACAUAUCUGACGAAGCCAUUUCGUCUAUAUUAAGUCACGUUAAAACUGGAGAAUUGGAGGUUAUUAAAUCAGAUGUUCAGCUAUCAGCUGCUGAAGAAUUGAGCGUACAGAAAUCUGGUGUAAAAGAAUCUGUAGAAGCAUCGAAAUCGAUUGCUGUGACGAAACAAUCAGAAGAUAUAUCUAAAGAAUCGAUUGAUAUUGCAAAAUCGACUAAUAUAUCUAAAGAAUCCGUCGAUAUAUCAGCCACAAAAUCAGUAGAAGUAUCAAAAUCAGCAGAAUCUAGCAUCAAAACAGAAGCCGUCCAAGAAUCAUCAUUCACAGCGAAAUCCACAGACCGAAAGCUGUCCCUCAGAACUGAUCUCCGUCAGUCAGAGAGUCAGACUUCACUCCAAAGUGCAGCAAGCACGAUUGACACUCCAACACCAUCAACAGUCCCGCCAACGCCAUUGACGGAUGAAUACGUCUUCAAACUAAAGCUCCCCCUACCAAAAUCUCGUUCAGCAACCCCUGUACCACGAGACAGCACCCCAACCCCAGAGGAUGAAGACCCUCAUAUCGUUAAGAAGAAGUUGAUCCCACAUAUAGAUACCACUAUUGAAAGGGUUAUAUAUGAUCCCCCUCUACCUACCCCUGUUGAAGAUAAACCUCAAUCCCCAGUUUACACUAAACCUGGUUUAAAUGGUGGGGGGAAGUUUAGACUCCCAGUUUAUAGGAAACCUGGAUUAUUUGGUGGUGCUGAUAGACCUGAAUAUUCGAAGGAGGAGAUAAAAGAAAUUGAAAGAAAAUCGUCGCUACUGGCAUCAGCAAUAGACGAAACCAUAAAGAGCAUAGAAGAAUACAAAGAAGAAGUAGGAAUAGACACCAAGAAAGAAGUGAAAACGGAACAAUAUAAAGAAGAGAAGAUUAGCAAGAGCUAUCAAGAGUCUUAUCACAAAGAGAUGAAAGUCGAAACCAGUUCAAACGGUUUUAAAGAAAUCGACACUAAAAUUGAAGAAAUGCUUCAAAACUGUAACGCUUUAGCUAUUGAAGAAGCUAAAGAUACUUCAAAAGAAGCAAAAACAGAAAGAGAAGAAAAAAUAAUACCAGUAGAAGUUGAAAGAGAGUCUGCAGAGAUAAAAAUAAAAGAAACAAUUGAAAAUGACUCCAAAGUGAAAGAGAAAGCAGUCAAAUUUGAUUCGGAAGUUAAGGAAAUACCUAUUACUCCAAUAGACUCAUUUGAAGUAGUCCCACCAGCUCCUGUUGUCAAGGAAGAAGUUAAAGAGAAUGUAGUUCUAGCAGAGCCCACUCCAAUUAUAGAAGAACCCAAAGAAGCUCCGAUUAUUAAAGAAGAAGAAAUAAGAAAAGUUAUACCUCCUGUUGUGACAGAAGCGGAAAGAAGGGAAGUCUUACCUCACGUUGUUAAAGAGGUAGGAAGAACAGAAGUAGAGAAGAGAGUGGAGAAAGAAGAAGAGAAGCCUGAUCCUCUGCUUGGGUUCAGACCGGUGGUUUUCGAUCCAGAGGCGAUACCGAAGCGGGGAACAUUUAUUGCAGUUCAGUCAGAACCAGUCGGCAUUCAGGAGCCAAGACAGUCUCCCUAUAUGACGGAGACCGGAGAGCUGAUGGGUACCAUCCAGGGAAUAGUGGAUGGAUUGGAGGAGCCAGUCUUGGAUGAGGAGGUGGCCAAACAACUCGGCAAGCCAGGCAUUUCGGAAGAGAAGAUAGCUGAACUCAUUUCGGGAGAGGCAGAAAUGUUACGGGAGGCUCACGUCAUGGGAUUAUCAAGAGUUUUGAACUCACACAUGCAUCGUGCCGACGAUUCCAGCGUCGACUUUCAGAAAAUAAAACCAAUGAUAGACUCACUGAAAGACUCCGAAGUACUGAAGGCCUUGAAUGAGGAGCUGGCUAGGCAGAAGGCAGAAGAAAAGAAGAAAGAAGAGAAGAGAUGGACGACCUUCUUGCAGAAGCCGAAAAGGCCGGUACCCAAAGUGAAGUUUGGGUACCACGGUUGGACAGAAGAUGAUCACGUUGUUGCGGAGCCGUAUACAGUGAAAAUAGUGAAACAAGCCAAGCCAAAAGUCGCACCUGAUUAUAAACCAGAGGACUUCGAGACCGGACCUCUGCCUUGGGAAGAACGUGCUGUGCAAGACGCGUCCCUACCGCCAGUGGAACCAGAGGAACCAAUUCUAAUUCCUGAAGUACCAGAGUUCUUGGAGGCAGUCGAUCCUUUGAAGGAAAGUGAGGUUCCCGAUUUGGAAGAUACUGGUAUACCACUUCCCCUACCAAAAGAGCCGACACCACCACCGAUAGAAGAACAGCCGCCAGAAGAAGUACCUCAGCAAGAAGAAGAAGCCACAGAAGUACAAGAAGUAACAGAAGUACAAGAAGAGCAACCAGUUCCAGAAGACAUGGACAACAGACUGGCUGAGCAGUUAGUAACGAGUGUGCAGAGAAUGGUCGACCCGAAUGCGUCAGUGGAACAACAGCUGAUGCAGAUGCGAGCCCAGCUGGCGGCGCUGGCGCAGCUGCCAGAAGUCAUCCAGCAGACAUUGGACCUGGUCUCCAAGCAGCUAGUCCGGAUGGGACAACAAGAAACUCAACCGGAAGUACAAAACUACCACGAACCGGAAGUCGUUGAAAAUCACCAGCAAGAAAUGCAGACUAUCCAAGAAGGAAACGAGAAUGAGACCCAGGAGGAGAAGAUGACGAUACAAGAAGUUGUAGAAGAGACACCGAGACAAGAGACACCGGUGCCUCAGGUGCAAGUGCAAGAAGAGACAGCUACAGUGACAGAAGAGGAUCUGAGGCUGGAGAAGCAGAGAAAGGAACAAGCUAUGCUGGAACACCAAUCUCGUCAAGUCAAACAGCAUCCCACGCCGUGGUCCACGAAACCAAAACGCAUGUUUGGACCCCUAGACCCCGAAGAAAGAGCAGCUGUCAUUUUACCCGGCGGCAGAAGAUGGCGGAGGACACAAGACGUUUAUGAUGAAGCUAAGAUAGAAGAGAUAUUGCAAGCUCAUUCGGAAUUAAUUCAAGGAAAAACUAUGGGGUUUGAAAGCGACCUCCUACCAUAUGACAACAGGAUCAACUUCAUGAAAUACGAAAAGCCUCCCGUGUCUCUCGACCACCUCAAACACUCGGAGGUGUACAAACUGGUCCACGACAUGGACCAGACGCCGCCAAAGAAGGUUGAGAUGAGGAACCCUGUCAUGUGCGAAGCUGAUUAUAGAGAGAGGUGCCGCUCCAUGACUCCUUCUGCUGACAAGAAGCAUCUUCACAUCCCCCAGCAGUUCCACCCUUAAAUACCUUCUUAAGGAGACAAGACAUCACAAAAUCCUUAAUCAAAUAAUCAUUAAUGAUAUAUCAUCUGUUUACAUAAAUUCGUUCGUAAAACGUAAGAGCAAAUUGUGUAUCAGUAUAAGUUGAAUAUUACUUAAAACGGGGUAAAUUCUGUUUCAAGAAGUGAAUAGAAGUGAUUUUUUGGGGAUUCGCAUUCGUUUGCUUACAUAAAAAUGCUUAAACACAAUUAUUAACAUAAUAAUCUCAUUAUGUCUUGGAAAAUUCUUACAAAAACUGUGUUUCUAUCCACCCCAAUAGUGCCUUUAUUUACCACGUAUACUUAAUACGACACAUUAAAAGAUUUUGACAACAUCAGAAAUAUAAGUAACGUUUUAUUUUCGGGGUAAGAUUUAAAAAACAUCUUUUCCAAGCAAGAUGGCGUAUAAUAUGUCUUGCUAGCUUAACACUUUAAAUACCAUUUCAGGAUAGCAUAUUACUGCUACUUUUAAGUCAAUAGACCUUAUACUUACCCCAUGUUUAUUCAUUUCUAUAAAUAAGAAAACACAUCUUCAUAAACUUUUAGAUUUACUCUUUUCUUUAAGAUUUCAUAUUGAGAGGACGGUUGCUUGAAUGAUUCAUUCAUUCGUAGUUUUAAUAUUUAAUAGGUAUAUUAUCCCUUUUUUAUCUAAAAAGAAAACUGCCAUACCUAACUUAACCUAUUUUGCGUAACUUACCCCCAAUUCUCAAAAAUCUGUGGAAUAAAAUCGUUGGGACUACUAACGCGUAACUUUGGCUUUGUCUAAACAAGAACUGAUAAGGAUAGACUGUUUUUAACUU